CGGCAGGGGGCGCUGUGGCCCAGCGGCGCCGGCGGCAGGAGCAGCCAAGGCGACGCUGGAGGCUCCGCCGAGGCUCCCCGCCUGCGGCACCGCGGUCGUCCCGCCGCAGCCUGGCGCCCCCGACCCCGCUGCGCUGAGCUCCUCCGCUCUCCGCGCGGCGGCGGCGGCCCGGGAGCCCGAUGCGGCUCGGCGGGUGCUGGGCCUCAGCAGCAGCAGCGGCGGCGGCCACAGCCCCUUCGGCCACAGCGGGAAGCUUCGCGGCGGCGCCGGGGCAGCGCCGGUGCUCUCCGGAGGAGGCUGCGGGCUCGGGGACGACCCCCCCGGGCCAUGCUGAGGCGACGGCGGCCGCGGCUCGAGGAUCAAACAGAACAUACUGAAUCAGCAAGACUGGCUGGCAAUGCAGCAAGCAUCAUGAUUAAGCACAGGGAAGUCUGUUUCUUAUCACACAUGUAAGGAGAAAAAGAUUUAAACAAGUCUCUUAAGCGGUGUUUCCUCACCGAUGGAGAAUUACUUUCAAGCAGAAGCUUACAACCUGGACAAGGUUUUAGACGAAUUUGAACAAAACGAAGAUGAAACAGUUUCUCCUAUUUUAUUGGAAACAAAGUGGAAUAAGCUUCUAGAUCCCUCCUCGCACCGACUGUCAUUUAACCCUGUAUUGGCCAAUGUGAAUGAACCUGCAGUUUCUAAUGAGUCACAGCCACAAUUGAAAGUCUUCUCUCUGGCUUAUUCAGCUCCUCUCACCAUACAAAGAGAGGACCAUUGUGCUAAUGGGCAGGACUGUAGUCUGAAUCCAGAGGUCAGCACAAUGUGGAUUGAUGAAAAUGCCAUUGCAGAAGACCAGUUAAUUAAGAGGAACUGUAAUCAAGAUGAUCAAUGCAGUACUGUUGAAGUGGGAGAGAAGAAAUGUGGAAACCUAGCUUGUCUGCCAGAUGAGAAGAAUGUUCUUGUUGUAGCUGUCAUGCAUAACUGUGAUAAAAGGACAUUACAAAGCGAUUUGCAGGAUUGUAAUAAUUAUAAUAAUCAAUCCCUCAUGGAUGCUUUAAGCUGUUCACUGGAUAAUGAAAACAGACAAACUGAUCAAUUUAGUUUUAAUAUAAAUGGUUCCACUGAAAAAAAUAUGAACUCAGAGAAACAAAUGGAUCUAGUGACUAGGCCAAGUGCAGAGGGGGAUUCUGUUAAACAUAUAUGUACAACUUCAUCUGAUAAUCUAGCCAGUAGCUGUUCCCCUUCACAAUUAAAGGAUGACGAAAACAUAGGUAGAGACCCCUCCAUGUCUGUAAUUACAAGUUUAACAGUUGAUUCAGUAAUCUCAUCCCAGGGAACAGAUGAAGGUCCUGCUGUUAAAAAACAAGAGAACUAUAUGCCAGAUGAGAUUCUCACUGACAAAACCAACUCUCCUAGGACAGAUCUAGGGAGUUUAAACUCCUUUUCCCAUUUGAGUGAGGGUAUUUUGAUGAAAAAAGAGCCAGCAGAGGAGAUGACAACAGAAAGAUCCAUCCCAUCUGGUUUACCUCUGCUUCUCAAACCAGACAUGCAUAAUGGGUCUGGAAAGGAUAACUGUGAACAGUUUUCAGAUGGCCUUGUGCCCAGUGAAGUUAGAGCUGAUGAAAAUGGAGGUCGUGAGCAUGAAGAAAUUCUUGGCUCUACAGACCUUCUUAAUAUGACAGAACAUUUCUCUGAAUCUCAGGAGAUGGCUGAUUGGAAAUUGACUAAACUAAAUGAAGUGAAUGACAGCCAAGUAAGUAAAGAAAAUGAGAAGUUUCUGCAGAUGAAUCAGCCUGAGGACACUUACAGUGAUAGUGGAGGAGAGUGUGAUAGAAUGGCAGAAGCAGGUCUAAAUUUAAAAGGAACUUUCAUGAAUGAAAGUGAAGGCUGUGAUUUCUCCACUGUUACAGAUACACCAGCAGCAAAUACUUCAUCUAAUUGUGAUUCCUAUGGAAUGCAGAGCCCAGUUGUUUGUUUUGUUCCAAAGACUUUACCCUCCAAAGAAGAUUCAGUAACAGAAGAAAAGGAAAUAGAGGAGAGCAAGUCAGAAUGCUACUCAAAUAUUUAUGAACAGAGAGGAAAUGACAUCACGGAAGGGAGUGGACUACUUUUAAACAGUACCGGUGACCUAAUGAAGAAAAAUUAUUUACAUAAUUUCUCUAGCCAAGUUCCAUCAGUGCUUGGGCAAUCUUCACCCAAGAUAGCAAACCUGCAAUCUAUCAGUGUUCCUUUUGGUGGUGCAAGACCCAAGCAACCUUCUAACCUUAAACUUCAAAUUCCAAAGCCAUUAUCAGACCAUUUACAAAAUGACCUUCCUGCAAACAAUGGAAAUAAUAUUAAAAACAAAAAUGAUGUUCUUGGGAAAGCAAAAAUAGGGGAAAACUCAGCAACCAAUGCAUGUAAUGCCUCUUUGGGAAACAUUUCUAUUGCCGAAACAAAUGGGGAACAUUUAGAAAGUUAUGAGUCUGGGAUACCUAGUAGACCGGGUCUUGUAUUACCUCCAGAUAGCCCAGAUAAUGAUCUCAGAGCUGGUCAGUUUGGAAUUUCUGCCAGAAAGCCAUUUACCACUCUCGGUGAGGUGGCUCCAGUAUGGGUACCAGAUUCUCAGGCUCCAAAUUGCAUGAAAUGUGAAGCCAGGUUUACUUUCACCAAAAGGAGGCACCAUUGCAGAGCAUGUGGGAAGGUUUUCUGUGCUUCCUGCUGUAGCCUGAAAUGUAAAUUGUUAUACAUGGAUAGAAAGGAAGCUAGAGUAUGUGUAAUCUGCCACUCAGUGCUAAUGAAUGCUCAAGCCUGGGAGAACAUGAUGAGUGCCUCAAGCCAGAGCCCUAACCCUAACAAUCCUGCUGAAUACUGUUCUACUAUCCCUCCCUUGCAGCAAGCUCAGGCCUCAGGAGCCCUGAGCUCUCCACCUCCCACUGUGAUGGUACCUGUGGGAGUUUUAAAGCACCCUGGAGCAGAAGUGGCUCAGCCCAGAGAACAGAGGCGAGUUUGGUUUGCUGAUGGGAUCUUGCCUAAUGGAGAAGUUGCUGAUGCAGCCAAAUUAACAAUGAAUGGAACUUCCUCUGCAGGAACCCUGGCUGUGUCACAUGACCCAGUCAAGCCAGUAACUACCAGUCCUCUACCAGCAGAGACAGAUAUUUCUCUGUUCUCUGGGAAUAUUACUCAGGUUGGAAGUCCUGUUGGGAGUGCAAUGAACCUUAUUCCUGAAGAUGGUCUUCCUCCCAUUCUCAUCUCUACUGGUGUAAAAGGAGACUAUGCUGUGGAAGAGAAACCAUCACAGAUUUCAGUGAUGCAACAGUUGGAGGAUGGUGGCCCUGACCCACUUGUAUUUGUUUUAAAUGCGAAUUUGUUGUCGAUGGUUAAAAUUGUAAAUUAUGUGAACAGGAAGUGCUGGUGUUUCACAACCAAGGGAAUGCAUGCAGUGGGUCAGUCCGAGAUCGUCAUUCUUCUACAAUGUCUGCCUGAUGAAAAGUGUCUGCCGAAGGAUAUCUUUAACCAUUUUGUACAGCUUUAUCGCGAUGCUCUGGCAGGGAAUGUUGUGGGUAACUUAGGACAUUCCUUCUUCAGUCAAAGUUUCCUUGGCAGUAAAGAACAUGGUGGAUUCUUAUAUGUGACAUCUACUUACCAGUCACUGCAAGACCUUAUACUCCCAACCCCACCUUAUUUAUUUGGAAUUCUCAUCCAGAAAUGGGAAACUCCUUGGGCGAAAGUGUUUCCCAUUCGACUAAUGUUGAGACUUGGAGCUGAAUAUCGACUUUAUCCAUGCCCACUGUUCAGCGUCAGAUUUCGGAAGCCAUUGUUUGGAGAGACAGGACAUACCAUCAUGAAUCUUCUUUCGGACUUCAGAAAUUACCAAUAUACAUUGCCAAUAGUUCAAGGUUUGGUGGUUGAUAUGGAAGUUCGGAAAACCAGCAUCAAAAUUCCCAGCAACAGAUACAAUGAGGUGAUGAAAGCCAUGAACAAGUCUAAUGAGCAUGUCCUGGCAGGAGGUGCCUGCUUCAAUGAGAAGGCAGACUCUCAUCUCGUGUGUGUGCAGAAUGAUGAUGGAAACUAUCAGACCCAGGCCAUCAGUAUUCACAACCAGCCCAGGAAGGUGACUGGUGCCAGUUUUUUUGUGUUCAGUGGCGCUCUGAAAUCCUCUUCAGGCUAUCUUGCCAAGUCCAGUAUUGUGGAAGAUGGCGUCAUGGUCCAGAUCACUGCAGAGAACAUGGAUGCCUUGAGGCAGGCGCUGCGAGAGAUGAAGGACUUCACCAUCACCUGUGGCAAGGCGGACGCCGAGGACCCCCAGGAGCACAUCCACAUCCAGUGGGUGGAUGACGACAAGAACGUCAACAAGGGUGUCAUAAGUCCUAUAGAUGGGAAGUUAAUGGAGUCUAUAACAAGUGUGAAGAUAUUCCAUGGAUCAGAGUAUAAGGCAAAUGGAAAAGUCAUCAGAUGGACAGAGGUGUUUUUCCUAGAAAAUGAUGACCAGCACAGUUGCUUGAGUGAUCCAGCAGAUCAUAGCCGGCUGACGGAGCACAUAGCCAAGGCUUUUUGCCUUGCUCUCUGUCCCCACCUGAAGCUCCUGAAGGAAGAUGGAAUGACUAAGCUGGGACUUCGUGUGACACUGGACUCAGAUCAGGUUGGCUAUCAAGCAGGGAGCAAUGGCCAGCCCCUUCCCUCGCAGUACAUGAAUGACCUGGACAGCGCGUUGGUGCCAGUGAUCCAUGGAGGGGCCUGCCAGCUCAGUGAGGGCCCCAUCGUCAUGGAACUCAUCUUUUAUAUUCUGGAAAACAUCGCAUAGACAGAGGACUUCGUGUUUUUUUCCUGUUCAGACCUGUUGCAACAGCAGUCAUACCAAGUCAUUUGCACUUUAGAACUGGAAGAUUAAGCUUUUGUUAACACUAUUAAUUGGGGGUGGGGUGGGAGUGGGGUUUGGGGGAUUACGGUGGCUGGGGGGACAGAUGUUCCAUUAAUUCUAAGUCUUCUAUGCAUUGUCCACCAGAUCUGGGCAGCUUCCAUUACUGCACCACCGUUAUAUUAUCCUUGAAGCUAAAUCCCCUUCUGUUCCUGUUUAAACAAGAAUUCUGCUCCUGUUUUAAGACUUAUUUAUGGCCUUGUGCUCAAAAAUGCUCAAAUGGGUACAACCAUCACCAAGGGUGGGGUGGGAGGGCAGAGAGGAAAUAAAAUAUGAAGCAUCAGUCUUGUACUUUUUGUACAGAAUUGAUACAAAAAGGAUCACACACUGAUCUUGUUCCAUUUACAUCACAGUAACAAGUAGAAGUCACACUUACGUUUUUGUUUGUUUUUACCAGCUUACCCAACGGAUUAUUACUCUGCUAGCCAAGCAAGGGCACCUCAGUGUGAAUGAGGUGAUUGGAUAGCAGAGCCCAGUUGAGGAUUGCUCGAGAUCUGCCCCACUGAUUGGCAGGUACUGAAUUGGGCCUUUCUGUGAAAGCUGACAAUAUACUCAAGGCAUUUUUAGUUAUAAUGUACACUAGCUGUAUUUUUAAAAACAUUUUAUUGAGAAAUAAUUUAAACUUCCAAGAAAGUUGCAAGUACAAAAAAACCCUAUGUAUGCUUUACCUAGAUUCACCUAUUGUUCACGUUAACACUUUGCUCAUUUGCAUUAUCAGUGUUUCUCCACAAAAAAUGGAGACAUUUGAGAGUAAGUUGCAUAGCUAAUAGCUCUUUACCCCUAAAUACUUUAAUGCUUAUUUCCUAAAAUUAAAGACAUUCUCUUCCAUGGCAGCAGGACAGUUCACAACUUUAGUCAAUCUAACAUUGAUACACCAGCUACUUGACUCGAGCAUCCGUCCAGUAGUGUCCCGCACGGCUUUCCCCUCCUGUAAAGCUUCUAGCCUAGGAUCAGACAAGGCAAAUAGCUUUACUGACCCACCUGUAUCUUUUAUGUCCUCCAUACUUUUGGUGAGUAUAUUCCCUCACCUCAUUUUAAAAAUUUGAUUGGUAGCUUUCCACAAUUAGAAUCAAUUUAUGCAUUCUGGCCAGAAUCCUAAGUGAUGUGUGCUUGUUAUAUAGCCGCCUGCACACCAUUGAUGAGGGUAAAUUUUGAUCACCUGUUCAGUGUUGUCCAAUUUCUCUAGUAUUUCCCCCCUUGGAAUGAAUAACCAAUGUGUACAGACACUUUCAGAUCAUGCAAAUAUCUUGCUCAUCAAAAUUUCCCUAAGAUUUAGCAUCCACGGAUGUUUCUUAUCUGAACUAAUCUUUUACAUGAUGGCUACAGAUUUUUCAAUUCCAGCACUCCCUCCACCUUUACCAGUUGCACUUGGUCAUUAUAAGCAAAAGCUCUUCCUCCUAUUUACUAUUCAUUUAAUUUUCAUUGUGGACUUGUGGAUUCCAUUUUGAAUGGUUCUAACCCAUUAUUUGGGUACUCAAAUAGCUCAGCUUUGGCCAUAGAGCAUGCCUUCAGGGUAGCUCCCCCAUCCUUGUGAAAUGCUUCUAUCAUUUUUUUUUUUAACACUUUACUUUCUGGCCUAACAAGAUUCUCCACACUCAUCUAGUGCUUACAUUGCCCCAGCCUUUGAAUCAGCCAUGGUUUCUUUUCGUGGUAUUGGAAACCAAGGUUUGUUUUAUCCAUGAUAUAUGUGAUAUAGUCAAAGUACUUUCUUUUUCAUUAAAAUUUAUUUUGGUCACAGACCUAA